GGAAAACCACAGAGUAUGGCGAGAUUCAUGAGCUCACAACAGAAGAACAGUUUGUAGAAGGAGUAUAUAGAGUUGAGUUUGACACCAGUUCAUACUGGAAGGGACUUGGCCUUUCCCCAUUCCAUGAAUAUGCUGAUGUGGUGUUCACUGCUAAUGAUUCUGGCCACCGCCACUAUACCAUCGCUGCUCUCCUCAGUCCUUUCUCUUACUCAACAACCGCUGUUGUCAGUGAUCCCCAGGAAUAAAAACGUACUGUCAAUACAUAUAUUCCCUCCUCUGCUAGGACUAUUAUAGGUUUUUAGGAGGAAGGUUUAUCCUAUUGCUAAUGCAUAUCCUUUUGCUACAUUAGUUG